UCUGGAAGGAUUCGGGCUGGCGAGGGCGAGAAGGCGGUAGCUUUGCUUGGGAAUGGGCGAGCGACCUCGCACACUGACUCUUUCCUCCUACAAGCAUUCUUUUAUCAAGGAAACUGUAGAACUUCCUGGUACAUUUGAUGAAUUUUUGGCCUUUUUCAAUUUGGAUGAUUGGCCAAGAGUCCCAUACUUGCCAGAUGAGAAUCCUUAUCCCUUGGUUUCCCGGAUAAAAAAUGACUACUCUGUGGAUACUGUUGCCCGGUAUCUUUAUGAUAAUGCUCCGAUGCCCUAUGAAAUUAUUUCCAGGUUGGAAAAAAGAAUAGAUGAGUGCAAACUACAAGUCCAGGAGCAUGCUAAACAUAUAUUUACACUGGAAUCAGAAAAAUCAGAAAUAGAUGAGGAGCCAGGACAAGUGGAUGUAACAUCAUCUCCUGAAUCCCAGGAUGCUUCAAAGAAGAAAAUAAAAAUGGAAGUGAAGUUUCCUACUGAAGCUGCAAAAGACUCAAGUAGCAAAGACUUGGAGAAUUUCAGCUUUUCUGGAUUCAAUUUGUGGAAACUUACAAAACUUCCAAACAAUCUAGAACCUGCACAUCUCUGGGAUUCGGUUCUAAAACUCCAAAUUUUCAAGGGUGUGAAUACUCAGGUUUUGAAGCAGCUGUUUAUUUCUGAUGCAUCUCUUGCGAUUUUGCAGGAUUCUUUCUGGUGGUGGUUUCUUCAUAAGUUCCAGCCUGAUCAAGAUGAACAAGACCACUUUUUUGACAGAAUAUCCGAUAGCUACGUGAUGCUUCUCUGGAGCAUCCCCAGUUUCAUUAAAGAUGCUUUUCUUCAGAUGUAUCCUGACUGCUUAUCCCAAGCCAUUUACAUUACUUUCUGUGAAGCUUUCCCUGAGGCUUACCAUCGUUUCAAUGAUCAGUUUAAAGACGAAUUGAUGGAUCUAAUUUUCCUGUGGAUCAGAGGUUUUAAACCACAGAAAUUUGCUUGGAAAAAUUGGAAGUGUCUGUCCAUGGAAAAGCCUAUAAAAUCCAUUGUAGAGAAAGACUCCUUUUCUCCGAUAUCAUCGCAUAUGAAACUACAGCCUAGAAGCAGGACAACAUCCAGGUCAUGGUCAUGGUCAAGAUCCAGUUCAAGGUCAAGGUCAAGGUCAAGAUCAAAAACAAAAAUCUUGAGAUUUCAGGUGACUAAUGAAGAACUAAUGCAAGGGCCAGCAGAAGAAAAAAAAGAGUCCCAUUACGUUGGAGAUGGUCCAGACUUUCAGCAUUCGCUUUUCAACCUUGGUGGUCAAAGUCCAUUGGUCUCCUAUUAUCUUCAGAUGCAUGGAAUCCCUAAUACUUUAGCAAACUCCCGAGGUUACAGGAUCAAUCAUAGUGAAAUCUGCAAAGUACCACCCCUUUCUCCAACUUAUAUGGAUGUCAUUCAGGACAGUAAAAAGACUUCGAGGAAACUGCUGAAUAAUUUUGCUAAUUUUGAACACAAGUGUUGUGCAGAAUUGCUGGUGUUACAAGAAAAGAGAGAAAAAGCUGACAGGAAGUUCAGAAGGAUGCUAGAAGACAUCACCACGAAACCUACUGAAAAAAGGGUAAAAAUCGAAGAGUUUCUCCUCCGAAUGGCAAAUGCCAAGAUACACCAUCAUGGGUCUUGUUCAUCAGAAUCAGGAGCCAAAGAUGCCUGACAUCAAGAUACGUGCUGUGAAUGUUGAUGGGACUUUUUUUUUCUUCCGCCAAAAUUAAGCGUACUCAACUUUUGGUAUGAAGUUUAGGCUUCUGACUUUCGAAUCAAUAAAGAACGAGAGAGAGUCA